AUGUUGGAAGGAAAAUCGCGCGGAGGAAAUAGUAACGCCAGCGCACUUCAGAAACUUGCCCGUUGGCAUCCCUCGGCAAACUCAUCCCAAGCCGAUAAGAAGAAUGCUGGUCAAUCUAUCUUUGAUGGUCCUUUGGAAUCCCUCGAACAUGAUGAGCUGAAACAAGGCUCUCUUUAUAUCCUAAAGAUUAACCAAGUAUCAGUCACACUCUUUGAGGGUUGGAACGAUGACCUUUGUUGCUUCUCAGUUCUCCGCAUGGAUGCAACCCCAAUGCGGUGGUAUCUCCCUGGUGAUUUCGAUGCUUACAAUGCAUUUGAUGAAGCCGGAAAUCCGCCUGUACAUUUGUGGACCCGUUAUUUACGUGUAGAAGUGCCAGUCAAUUGGUUUGCCAUUUUCGAGGAAGCACGACGGAAGCAACGCGAGUGGACAGUGGAAUUGAACCGACGUGCUAAUCAAACACACUAUCUACACCCUACUUCCAAACAGUCGAUCAGCCAAAACGAUCGUUCUACACAACAACAACAGCAACAGCAACAACAGCAAAAUCAGCAGCAAGCAUUUGACAAUAGCUAUGGAGAAUAUGCAAUUGAGUCUGGAGUACCUUCCUCGGCCGCAAUAUCGGCCAGUCUUCUUGAUCCUCACUUUCACCAGGACCGUGCGUACGAUGUUCACUCCCGACAUCCGUACCUUGCCUCGACUAUCUCAAGUCUUCCAACAGACGCCAAGCCAACUGGAAUCAUGUCUUCCCCUUUGCUUUCGCCGGGAAUAUAUGGCCAAAGUGAUAUAGAUUCAUUCGAAUACCCUUCAAUUGCACCCCACACUCUCUUGGCCAAUGUAGAAUCCGGUACUCUCGGAAUUUCCGAAAAUUCCCUUUUUCCUCGAGAAUCGGAAACAGGUCCUCCUCCUCCUCCGAAAACAACAAACACAACCACAACAUCAUCAUCAUCAUCAUCAUCAGCACCACACCAACAACAACAGCAGCCUUCAUUUCAAACAAUAGAAAACAAGAAAAGUCAAUCGUUCUAUGAUGCCCACCUUGAUUUCCCUCAUGAUUCUGAUCAGUUCUCGAUCCACUCAGAGUUCCCUGUUCCACCUUCACUCCACCGUGGAAACUCACUCCACUCCAUCUCUCACGCACAACAACCCCUUCCUCCACUUCCUCCAGUACCACAGUCCAAUAGUAGCCAUAGCAAUGAUCCUCUUCAUCCUCCAACAAGACUAGAGCGUUCAAGGUCUGCAAGCAUAAAAUCAAAGCGGCAGUCAGUUAAGAACAUGCUGUGGGGAUCAUCAAAAACCACUUAA